AUGGCAGAAUCUGGAGCAACGCCUGUUGGAGACGAUGUGUCUGCUUUUUAUGAUCUUGUAGAAAAUGGAAAAAAUAAGACCAGCAUUUACUGUCAGCGAUGUCGAAGUCUUGUCCUUUCGCCGAACAAUGCAACAUUGGUUGAAAAAGAGUUUUACCUUCCAUACAUGUUCAAGAAAAAGGUGGAAACACAACCCACUGAAGGUGAGGACCUCAAGGCAUUUUGGCUGGUGAAAGAUAUGUACACCUUUGACAAUGUUGGCUUCUCUAACACAGUUGACUCCAUAAAAUACCUGAUCUGCGCUGACUGUGAGAUUGGGCCUAUUGGUUGGCACAACAUCACAGACAAGAAAUCAUUUUACAUUGCUGUUGAACGUGUCCGACAUGAAUGA